AUGGGCACAGUGACGCAGCAGCUGGCGGCCGCCGCCAUCAGGGCCGGCGCCAGGAUCCACACGUCCAGCCCUGUAGCAUCCAUAGAGGUCGAGGAGGGCAUCACCAGGGGGGUGGUGCUGGGCGAUGGCACCAGGGUGGCCGCAAAGGCGGUGGUCGGCGGCUGCGACCCCUUCCGGCUGCGUGACCUGGCGGGUGAGGGCGAGUUCCCCUCCGCGUUCAACCAGCGGCUUGAUUCGAUGAAGAAGGACGGCACCACCAUGAAGGUGUGA